AUGAAUAGAUUGACAUGGUAUCAACCAGGGGAAUAUAUGGAAGAUAUAAUAAUUCAAAGUGGUCAUGUGGCCAUUUACGAUGGGGAUACAAAACAGACAGCGUACGAACAAGGAACUGCUUCGCUUACGCUUCAUCGCAUAAUUUGGGCUGAUUCAAAUGACCCGGAUUGUCGCUUGAUAUUACAUCAUUCAUUGGUAGCUGGCAUUGAGAAACAUCACAAAUCGAUGUUUCGUCGCGGUGGAAAGAUAAUUCUUUCUUUACAUCCUAAACCCCCUGGACAACAAAAGGGCCCAUUUACUUCUUCGUCUUACAAUUUUAUUCGUCUUGUGUUUAGAAAUGGUGGUGAAGAUGAGUUUUAUGAAAAGUACAAGGAAGCAUUAGGACUAAACACAUGGGGAAAAAUACCAUCAGGAUCAACAUCUACAACCUUCAUUAGUUCAAGGAAUUAUAAUACUGUAACGCCUCGAGCUGUGGGAAUUGCAGGUAUUGAAAAACGACUUGCUGAAAAUCAUCAUCGGACUCAUGAAAGUAUAAGCCAGGCGUUUGAAGACAUGAGUCGCUUGAUGGAGUAUGCUCGGGAGAUGGUUUCUCUUUCAAAAAUUAUCACCGAUAAAUUACGGGCAAAGAAAGGGGAAAUAAGUGAUGACGAAACUGUACGUUUCAAAGCGUAUCUACUUAGUCUCGGUGUGAGCGAUCCAGUGACUAAAUCAACAUUUGGAAGCAGUGCUGAAUAUUAUAAAAAGCUUGCUGAGGAAUUGGCGGCAGUAUUAUCUGCACCUUUAAAAGAAUGUGGUGGCAUGAUGGCAUUACCAGACGUGUACUGUCGUAUAAACAGGGCUCGAGGUUUGGAACUGUUGUCUCCUGAAGACCUUUUGAAUGCAUGCCAAAUGUUGGAAAAUAUGAAUUUAUCCAUAUCCUUGAAUCGAUUUGAAAGUGGCGUUAUGGUUGUGCAGCUAAAGGAAAUGAGUGUAGAGACCACAGUUGAUAAUACUACAGAGUUGGUGACGGCUAUGGGUACUUGUAAUGCUACGGAUUUGGCAAAAUGUCUGGGAAUUACAGUUAUCCUUGCUAAGGAAAGAUUGCUUGCGGCGGAAGCACAGGCAAAACUUUGUCGUGAUGAUACUGUGGAAGGUCUUACUUUCUAUCCAAAUCGUUUUCUUACUUCAAGUUAA